AUGAGCAACCAAACGGAGGAAGUUAACACAAGAUUGGAUCUGGUGGCCUGCUUAUUCGUUGCAUAUCUUGAAAAAGCAGGCUUGCUAAACGAAAGCUCCACAAUCAAAUACAACGAGCGAACGAGAAAACACGUUGAAAUUACCGCCCCAGCUGAUCAAGCAGCUUCAGUUCCAGUUUUCGGUUCAAAUGUUAGUUCUUUUGAAAUUAUAUUCAUGGAUAUGGGUAAUGGGGAAAAGUGCAUGAUUAGCCUUUGUUCUCAGGAGGAGUCGCUUAAGCAGCGGAUAUUUAAUUACAGAUCGGAUUUGUUCUUGGAUGAAUCGAAACUAGAGUUUCCCAUGCAGAAACAUGAUGCUAUUCAGAAUUUUGCUGCUCACGUCCUGCCGAAACUGCAAAGCAAGUUCCGGCUUAUUCAAGACUCAGACCUUAAUGGGCCCAGCAAAGAUGAGUUAGAGGGCGAGCCGCGAAGGCUAAACUCGGUGCAGAAAGAAAUCGAAAAAUUGAAAUUCGGAGCUCCACCUAGACAGCAUACUUCGGAUGUACGUGGCAGACCUUCGGAUAUGCCUGAAUUUGAAGAUGAAUAUGAAGCGCAGUCGUUUCCGGGCAUUCCAGUCACCGGAGAGUUCGGAGUGCCUGGUCUGGCAGCGUUCCCACCUCAGAAUACGGGUUAUGGGGAUGCAGAUCUUUACCCUACCGGUGAAAAACUUCCUAACUUACAGGAUCCUCGUGUUCCACUGACGCAAAGGGGAGAACAGAAGGGUGGGAUGAUAUUUGAUCCUUUCCGUGGAGGCGGCCCAUCAUCGAAUCCACUUCAAAGAGACCCAACGCACUCUAAGGGGCCUAAGCCUCCUUUUCCAGGUGCCCGAUUUGAUGACCCCUUCGGAAGGAUGUCACAUCAAGGAGGUGGCCCUGGUUUCAUUUGA